AUGAUGGCGAGUCGUAAAAAAAGUAAUGAUUCGUCUCGAUCCGUAUCUAAAAAUGCAAGGCGUCACGUUGGAGAGGUCAUGUUUUCGUCAUCUUCAUCUUCCGAAGAAGAGGUAACAACGGGAUGUCGGAGUUGUAGAAAUACAUCGAAAGAGUACUUUGCUAGGAAUCGUACUGAGACAGAGCCUCAAACAGGGCAAAAUACGUCGAGAAUUGAAGAGAAUCCCUUUAGCUUUAAGCAUUUUUUAAAAAAUGGUUCACAAAUAAAUUAUCAAAAUGCUGGAGCUCGUCCAAAAGUUUAUUCAUCUCCAACACAGUAUAAUCUAGAGAAAAGUUCAGCUGUUUAUUCUCGUAAUCCAACAGAAUUACCAGACUUUGUGCAAGAUCAUUUGGUCAUAGAACAAUAUUAUCUAAAUCAUGAGCCCAAACAACAGACAAUUUCAGAUGUGGAUAAUCUUCCUGAUUUUGCAUUAAACAGUGUAGAACAGAGGCAAGCUCGACUUAGAAAUGAAUCAAAGAAGAACGGAUCUAGUGCUUCAUGUGAUCUUUCGUUUGAUCUAACUGGAAAUUUGGACAAAGCAAUACCUCAGAGGAAUCAAUCUUUACCAAAUACAAGUUGUUUUGCCCAUUUAAAUUUACCUGUUUUUGCUAGAUCUAGUAUAGGAUCUACUGAAACUUCAGAACCAUUAGUAUCUCAUUACUUAGGGUUUCCAUUAGAUUUACCAAUAUCUACAGUUGAGGCUGAUCCUGAGUCGAAUGUGAUUAUAAGAGAUUGUUCUCACUCAGGGGCAAGUGAACCAAAUGUUCCAAAAUCUUUACCAGACUUUUUAAAUGAUGGUCCUAUUCAUAAUAGGACAACAUUAUCAACAGAGUCUGGAUCUAUUCCAAAUAGUGCAGAGACUACAGAAAGGAGGUUACUGCUGGAAAAUGAAAGAUUGCGGCAGGAAUUAGAAUUAGCUCAAAAACAGAUUAAUGAGAAAUCGGAAAAGAUUCAAUUAUUAGAAUCAGAAUUGGUAUCUAGAAAAGAAGUGGAUCAUGAAGAGACAAUCCAUCUUGAAAAAGCAAUGGAACAAGUUGAAGAUAAUCUAAAACGUAGUACAAGGAGAGCGGUAAAUGCAGAAAGUACUAUUUCAGCAUUGAAAAAAGAGAUUAAAUCUUUAACGACAGAGAUAUCGUUACUCCGUUUAGAAAACAAAGAGCUUAGAGCUGGAUUUGCGGCGGGAAAUACAAGCGAAUAUGGUUCUUCAAACAUGAAUCAGACAGCAAAAAGACUAGCAGGUGAUUUGAGACAUGCUGCCUCAUCAGCAGAAGUAUCUUUAAGACAACUAAUGUCUGGCGUGGACAAUUUAAGAGUACUAGCUUCAGUACUUGAAAAUAUGAAUAGGAUAGAAGACCGGACCAAAGAUUUUCUACCAGAUUUUGAUGAAGAUAAUGCUGCUGGUCCUGCACUUUAAUACAUUCUUGUGUACAUCUUUUUCUGCAUACUACCCUUGUUUCACUUCUAUGGCAUGUAUCCCAACCUGUGUUAAUAAGUUCCUUGAACUCACGUAAUUGCGUUGAGUACCCGUUUUGGAGUCGAUUAGUGAUUUGAUUCGAUUAAAAAGCACGAUAUUCAUAUCAUGUUUGUUGUAUCUUUAUGUGUUAAUAAUAGCUCUUGAAUUUCGACUUAUAUAAUUCUAGGUGUACGACAAUUAUAUAUCGUCCCUGCUUGGCAAAGCAUGACCUUUUAAGUGUAAUUUUAAACCUUAGCAACAAACAUGAAUAAAACAAUAGCUUAACCGUGAUCUGUCACCAUGCGGCUCCGAGCAAAGAAAAAGCUAAAGAUUUUAACUUUUAUAUGUACGUUUUGACGUGAAGCUAUGACGGAAAACACUGGUUGGGAUUCAAUGCAUAAUUCCAACGCAAUUGUUAAAAAAAAAACAAUAUUUUAAUAGUUAUUGUAACAAUGUUACGUGUACAGUUUCAAAUUACAUGUUUCGUUUCUUUGUAAA